AUGGAUGAAGAAGCUAGUUCCUAUUUACAGAAGUGUUUAUCAGAAGAAGCUAUGGAUACCGAUGAAGGUCCAUUAAUCAAUGAAAAUUCAAACGAUUUGUCACAUUUAUUGACGGAUGGUGGAUUCAAUAGUGUUGACGCUGUAGGUGUUGACGAGUCGUCUACGUCGAACCAGGCAUUCCUUAACGCAGUAGAACUGUCUGCAGGGAGUGUAGGCGAUUAUUUAGAUAAUAACACUGAAGAUUUUAACACUGAUUCUUUUGAUGUUGGUGACAAUGCGGUCAACUUCCCCAGCGAUUCAAUGAAUAAUAUGCUAUCAGACGGCGACUCGCGGCUGAGUGCUACUUUUAAAACCACGUCUAAUAUAGAUUUAGAACUCACAGAAACUCAAAAAACUGAAACAGAGCCAUCUAGUGAACCUGAUGCUAUUGAGAUUGCAAGUGCAGAGGUUUCUGCUUCAUUUGAUAAUGAAGUACAAAAAGAUAAUAUAAUGGAGAGUUCUGAAGAAAUUAGUUGUGAAGCUAAAAAUGAUGAAAUUACUAAUAAAAACAAUGAUAAAAUAGAAAAUGAUCAGCCUUCAGAAAACAAAGAAUUACAAAAUAGUGAAGAUUGUAAAAACAACAUACCCGAAGAAGAAGUAAAUAAUAUUAAUACAGAUGAAACAAAAGAAACAGAUGAGAAAUGUGAUGCCCAGGAGAAUAAGUCUACGAAUGAAGAACAAGAAGUAUCUGACACAGAAAAAGUUGCUGAAAAAGCUGAUAAGGGAAUUGUUCAGGUGGGAGGUGCUGAAGAAACAGAAGUUGUGUCAGAAGAUGAAUUACCCACAGUUCAAAAGCCAAGUGUAAAAGAUGCAGAAAAUGUUUCUGAUGAUGAACUACCUGGUCCUAAACCUGCAGAAUUGCCCGCUGAUACGGAGGUGGUGUCAGAAGAUGAACUCCCAGCAUCUAAGAAAGACACUAAGGAUUCUCGCAAAAGAAAAAAUGGUGAAGAGAGAGAUGGUUAUGAUCCUGGUUCACCAACAUCAGAGGGUGAAUCUGCUGGAAAAAAACAGGCUUUAACCAAGAAUGGCGAGAGCAAACCAGUGCCUUCGGAAAAAAGAUCAUCCGUUGAUGAGAAACCUAAAAAGAAAACUCUGCCUGAGCUAGACAAGUAUUGGAAAGUAGUCAACGAUGAUCCCACUGACUUCACCGGAUGGACUUAUCUAUUGCAGUAUGUCGAUCAAGAGAGCGACGUGGAGGCAGCGCGCGAGGCGUACGACGCCUUCCUCUCGCACUACCCGUACUGCUACGGCUACUGGCGCAAGUACGCCGACUACGAAAAGCGUAAAGGAAGUAAAAAGAAGUGUCUCGAGCGCUUCGAGGCCCGCGUUCGUAAGCAAAGCCGUCGGUACGGGCGGACUAACGUUACGCCGUACAUUCAUUCUAGUGUCGUCGAGCCGCACGCUGUGUUGGAAAGGGGACUUAAAGCUAUACCACUAUCGGUGGACCUUUGGAUUCAUUAUCUCAAUCAUAUAAAGUCCACUAAAACGGAUGAUCAUGCCUUCAUCAGGGCUCAAUACGAGAGGGCUAUUGAUGCUUGCGGUCUGGAGUUCCGUUCAGACCGUCUUUGGGAAUCCUACAUAAAGUGGGAAGCAGAGAAUGGUUCAGGCUUGCAGGUCACCAACAUUUACGACCGCCUGCUCGCCACGCCCACGCUCGGGUACACCUCGCACUUUGACAACUUCCAGGAGCACGUGAUGUCGGAGCCGGUGGCGGGCGUGGUGUCGCGCGCGGAGCUGGUGCGCCUGCGCGGCGAGGUGCGCGCCGCCGCGCCCGCGCAGCCGCCGCCCGACCUGCCGCCCGGCGAGGACGAGCCGCUCGACCACGUCGCUUCAGAUGAAGAGGCACAAGCUAUAAAGGAGCGAAUUAUUGCUGCACGCAGAAAAAUACAUAAAGCGACCGGUGAGGAGGUCGCCGCGCGCUGGGCCUUCGAAGAAGGGAUCAAACGUCCGUACUUCCACGUGAAGCCGCUAGAGCGGUGCCAGCUGAAGAACUGGAAGGCGUACCUGGAGUGGGAGAAGCAGCACGGCUCGCUGAAGCGCGCGCUGGUGCUGCACGAGCGCUGCCUCAUCGCUUGCGCGCUCUACGAGGAGUUCUGGAUGCGGCUUAUCAAGUUUCUUGAAGAGCGCAUCCCGAGCAACCCGUCGCUGGUGGGCGUGGAGCGUGAGGUGCUGGAGCGCGCGUGCGGCGUGCACCACCACGACAAGCCCGACCUGCACCUGCACUGGGCGCACUUCGAGGAGGCGCACGGCAAUCCCGCGCGCGCCGCCGACAUACUCGAUCGCAUUGAGAAGACCUGCCCAAAUCUUGUGCAGAUACAGUAUAGGCGGAUAAACCUAGAGCGUCGACGCGGCGACUACGACAAGUGCAUCCAGCUGUACGAGGGGUAUAUAUCAUCGGCCAAGAACAAAGCCAUCGCGUCUGCUCUCGCCAUCAAGUACGCGCGGUUCCUGUUUCACGUGCGCCGCGAGCCGGCGGCGGCGCGGCGCGCCCUCGACGCGGCGCUGGAGAAGGAUCCACUCAACGCGCGUUUGCAUAUGCAGCGUUUAGAUUUAGCCCUGCAUACGCCCGGCACGCCUUACGAAGAGCUUGAAGAGCUAGUGAUGAGCUACGAGAAGCAAGAGGGUGCGGAGGCGGAGACGUGCGCGGCGCUGGCGGCGCGGCGGCGCGAGCUGGCGGAGGAGCUGGGCGGCGCGGAGGCGGCGCGCGCGGCCGCGCUGCACUCGCGCGCGGCGCACAAGAACCUGCGCAAGCGCGCGCGCGCCAACAAGCACGACGCGCCGGCGCACCACGCAGCGACGACGGAAGCAACCAAAAAGAAAGAAACCAGUACAGCAACAAGCACCACCACAGCGAGCGCGACCACGUACUACCAAACGCCUGCCGCCACCGCGCAGUCUUACGACCAGUACGCGCAACCCUACACGCCGCCGUGGGGCUACCAGCAACCGCCCUACCAGCACCACCCGCACCCCUGGCCGCAGUACCCUAACUACUAC